AUGGCGGGACUUGGGUAUGACAGUUUCCUCUCGUCGAAGCCUUACACGUUUCUCGUCGGACCAGAGAAACGCGAGUUCUACAUCCACGCGUCGCUAGCGGCGAGCAAGUCUUCGGUGCUCGGCGCGGUGGUCAACGGGUCAAAGGACGAAGCAACAGACGGCUAUACAGUGUGGGAAGAAGUGGACGAGGAUACAUUUGUCCGCUUCGGCCAAUACGUAUACACGGGCGACUAUGAAGGCAGCCCUCCGCGGGAACCACCUCCGGCCGAGGAAGCCACGGCAGAUUCGGGGACAGGAGAAGUUCUUGAGCCAGUUACACCGGCGGAGCCUGAUGCUGACGAGGCUGUGGCCGACGAGCGUGCUUCUGAUGAGGCCGUUGCCUAUGAACCUGUUCCUAGUCGAUCGUGGGGAGUGUACUCGACUUCAAGAUCAAUGAAGACCCAGUGUGGUGCCUGUGGGUAUACCGAAACAGAAGAAAAGCCGACAGACGACGAUGAUUGGCCGUUUGGUGCCACUGAGAAAGCAGUCAAAGAAGAUUCUUGGGGGCGAUCUAGCAAGAAGGAUAAGAAAAAGAAGCGGCUCAUGACGGAAGAGUACUCUGUAGAGCCAGCGGCUGUUCCGGAUGCCGAGGCAGAGAUGACACCACUCACAAGAAAUGACGCCUGGAAUGCCUUCAAAGUCGAGCUGCUCCAGGACUGUGGUAUUUCCGACGACUCUGGUUCCGUCAAGCCUAGCCGCCCCCGCAAGAUGGUACGCAGCUUUCUCCAGUACAAGCAAGUUUUCCUGUCGCACGCACGGGUGCAUGUCAUGGCUGUCCAUUACGAGAUCCAGCCGCUCGCAGAGCUGGCGCUCCGCAAGCUCCACAAGAUCUUGUGCAAGUUCAUCCUCCACGGCGAGCGAAUCUCCGACGUGGUCGCUCUGCUGCGGUACACCUACGAGGAGGGCGAGCGACCGCAGCUCCGGAAGAUGGUGAGCAUCUUUGCCGCCUGCCAUUUUAAGCAGCUGUGGGCGGAUUCGGAAUUUCGCGAGCUCUUCUCUGCGGACGGAGCCCUGUCUGUGGCCAUCAUGGAGAACCUCAUCAAGAGACUGGACUGA